GCGCAGGCGCCGGGUGUCACCCGGAAGUGACGCCUCGUACGUCACGGCGUCUCCCAGGGCAGCAGGAGCGGCGGCCAGGGCCUAUCAUGGCGGCGGAUAGGGUUGAAUCUCCUGGCCGCUGAGUGUGAGGGGACCCGCUCCGUCCUGUCCCCUCCGGUUGGGGGGCGGCGUCCCGGUAGGCUCUGCAUGCAAGGCCGGAGCGGGGGAGGGAGUGAAGAGGUCGCACCAUUGCCAGUCAUUCCGGAACGUCUUAAAGGAGCCGCUUCCCUAUUUGGGGUCACUGUGGUUCCCUGCUUGGGGUGAUGACCAAGGAAGGGAAAGCGGGGCUGCUGUAAAGGGACUGCCGUAAAGGGACUGCCGUAAAGGGACUGCUGUAAAGGGACAGUGACACUAACCCCCCCCCCCAUCACUUCCUACUACUUGAAUCAUUUGUACCCAGUGCAGCCUGCAGGGGGGGCUACAGCUGGGGGUAUGAACAUCACUUGUUAGCCUUAAGGGGCCUGAGCUAAACCUAUGCAACAACUGACUCUCAAUGCAAUAUCUUAUUAUUUUAUAUUUUUAAUUAUUUUUAACCCCUUAUGUUUGCAUGAAACCUGCACCUUGCUGUCCUGACUCAAACACUAUUGACUUGUUCUAAUUAAAACCCCUUUGUGGCUGUCUGGUUAAAGUAACCUGCCCCGCCACAUCCGACUACCAAAGAGACUUCAGCAAGAGCAGAGCUUCCCCUUUCCUCUCGCUGCAUUGCUGGGCGCCAUUUAGGCAACUUUGACCGCUUCCUCAGACAAUCGUCUUAAAGAACUCAACUGCUCUUUUUAUAUCUCUAUAUAUACGUAUAUUUGUAUUUGCCGAGAGUCCCGUUCAUCCUAUGGGGCAGCAGCCUGGAAAAGUGCUCGGGGACCAAAGGAGGCCAAGCCUGCCUGUCUUACCCUUCAUUAAAGGAGGGGGGAAGAAGGACUCUGCCAAACAUGCCGGGCCGCACUGUAACGUGUUUGUGGAACAUGAAGCCUUGCAGAGACCGACAGUUUCCGACAUCGAGCCUCAAGGUCUGAGCGAAGCUGCGCGUUGGAAUUCCAAGGAGAAUCUUCUGUCCGGGCCAAGUGAAAAUGACCCCAACCUCUUUGUUGCACUGUAUGACUUUGUGGCCAGUGGGGACAACACUCUCAGCAUCACCAAAGGUGAGAAGCUGCGAGUGUUGGGCUACAAUCACAAUGGCGAGUGGUGUGAGGCCCAAACCAAAAAUGGCCAAGGUUGGGUUCCCAGUAACUACAUCACACCGGUGAACAGCCCCGAGAAACAUUCCUGGUACCAUGGGCCGGUGUCUCGCAACGCUGCUGAAUAUCUGCUCAGUAGUGGGAUUAAUGGCAGCUUCUUGGUGCGGGAAAGUGAGAGCAGCCCAGGCCAGAGGUCCAUAUCCUUACGAUACGAGGGCAGAGUGUACCACUAUAGGAUCAAUACUGCGUCUGAUGGCAAGCUCUAUGUAUCAUCGGACAGUCGCUUCAACACCCUCGCAGAGCUGGUCCACCACCACUCCACCGUGUCCGACGGACUGAUCACCACGCUCCACUACCCCGCCCCGAAACGCAAUAAACCCACUAUUUACGGGGUGUCCCCCAACUACGACAAAUGGGAGAUCGAGAGGACGGACAUCACCAUGAAGCACAAGCUGGGCGGCGGCCAAUACGGAGAGGUGUAUGAAGGAGUGUGGAAGAAGUACAACUUAACCGUGGCUGUUAAGACCUUAAAGGAGGACACAAUGGAGGUGGAAGAGUUUUUAAAAGAGGCUGCUGUAAUGAAAGAAGUCAAACACCCAAACCUUGUGCAAUUGCUCGGUGUGUGUACACGGGAGCCCCCAUUCUACAUCAUCACAGAGUUCAUGACAUAUGGGAACCUGCUGGAUUACCUGCGCGACUGCAACAGGCAGGAAGUGACAGCGGUGGUGCUGCUGCACAUGGCGACUCAGAUCUCCUCCGCCAUGGAAUAUCUGGAGAAGAAAAACUUCAUCCACAGGGACCUCGCAGCCAGGAACUGCCUUGUAGGGGAAAACCACUUGGUGAAAGUAGCUGACUUUGGCCUCAGCCGACUGAUGACUGGAGACACAUACACUGCCCAUGCCGGUGCCAAGUUCCCCAUCAAGUGGACCGCUCCGGAGAGCCUGGCUUACAACAAGUUUUCCAUCAAGUCUGACGUGUGGGCUUUUGGUGUCCUGCUCUGGGAGAUUGCCACCUACGGCAUGUCCCCAUAUCCCGGCAUCGAUCUGUCCCAAGUGUACGAGCUGCUGGAGAAGGAUUACCGUAUGGAGCGCCCUGAAGGCUGCCCGGAGAAAGUCUACGAACUGAUGAGAGAAUGCUGGCAGUGGAGUCCAUUAGACAGACCGUCCUUUGCCGAAAUCCAUCAAGAUUUUGAAACCAUGUUCCAAGAGUCGAGCAUAUCUGACGAGGUGGAGAAGGAGCUGGGAAAGAAGGGCUUAAAAGUGACAGUGAGCAACCUCCUCCAGGCCCCAGAGCUGCCAACAAAGACAAGGAUAACCAGGAGAGUGCCAGAGAGCAAGGACGAGAACGCCGAGACCGCCAGCGUCAGAGCUGCCGGGGAGCUGGAUGUUUUUGAGCCUGAGUCAGCCGUGUCUCCCCUUCUGCCUCGGAAGGAAAGAGGAGCAGGAGAUGGGGUUCUUCCUGAUGAUGACCGCCUCCUGCCCAAGGACAAGAAAACCAACCUGUUUUUUAGCACCCUGAUCAAAAGGAAAAAGAAGAAUGCUCCUACUCCUCCCAAGCGCAGCAGCUCUUUCCGGGAUAUGGAAGGGCACUCGGAAAGAAGAUCCACCGACGGGGAGGGCAAGGAGGCCAAUGGGGGAGAUCUACUAGAUACAUUCAAAUUGUCAACCAAUGGUACAGCUCUCAGUAAUGGUUCCAUCCAGGGCAGCACUGGGUUUCUGUCCUCACAGUGGAAGAAAUCAAGUACAAUGACCGGCCGGCAAGCAUCUCCCAGCGAGGAGGAGACAAUCUGCAGCACAAGCAAGCGCUUCUUGAGAUCCUGCUCUGCUUCAUGCAUGCCCCAUGGUGCUAAGGACACGGAGUGGAAAUCUGUCACCCUGCCCAGGGAGAUUACAUCAUCGCGGUGCUUGCUGGACACGCCUGGUUCCGACAGCCUCAAAAAAGCAGAGAAACCAGCACUGCCCCGUAAGAGAGGCAACGAGAGCAAACCCGAGGGCACCCGAGGCACAGUCACUCCUCCUCCUCGCCUGCCCAAAAAGUGUGAAGACCCCAAUGAUGAGGUGUUUAAGGAUGCUGACCCCAGCCCAAACUCAAGUCCGCCUAGCCUAACACCCAAAUUGUUGCGCAGGAAACCAGCCGGGCCCGCUGGUGCACCCUUACAGAAAGAGGAGGCAAGUAACAUCAGACUUGGCUCUGUCAACUCUGACACUGGACCCUCUACCAAACAGACCUCAUUUGCUGGGAAAUCCGAAGCAGAACUUCGACUCAGGAGACCCAAAACAUCUGAACCUGCCACCAAGGACAAAGUGAAAGUAUUAAAAGUGAAACCGUCUCCACCUCUACCCCUUUCCUCCAUUGGUUCCUCACCUUCAGCCUCAUCCAACCUGGGGAAAGCUGCAAAGCCACCCUCCCAAAGUCACGAUACCAGUCCAAGCGAGCCAAAGCACAAACUAACAAGCCAGACCGAUGAACUCUCCAAAACACCCCCUCCUGUGCCGGACAGCUCCAAGAAGCCAGUCCUCCUUUCCAGCUCCAAGCCCCAGGUCACCGGAAAGCUUUCUGGAGGCAUGGUAGCUGGUGGAGACCAGUCACAACCGUCAGCACCAUCAUCAUCUUCCUCCACUGCCUUCGUUCCCCUUAUCUCCACUCGAGUCUCCUUACGCAAGACUCGUCAGCCGCCCGAGAAACACAGCAGCCCUGUCACCAAGGAGACUGUAAUGGCCAGCACGGAAUGCCUGAAGGCGGCCAUCGCUCGUAACUCUGAGCAAAUGGCCAGCCAUAGCACGGUGCUAGAGGCUGCCAAGAACCUGCACGCUUUCUGCACGAGCUAUGUAGACUCCAUUCAACAAAUGAGGAACAAGUUUGCUUUCCGGGAAGCCAUCAGCAAACUUGAGAACAGCCUGCGGGACCUACAAAUAUGCCCCGCCCCAGCUGCAGCAGGGGGCGGAGCUGCCACAUCUCAGGACUUCAGCAAGCUGCUGACCUCUGUUAAAGAAAUCAGCGACGUGGUGCAGAGGUAGCAUGACGUAGCCUCUAGGCGUUGCAUAAGUACGGUGGACAUCAGGGCACGUUGGGAAAGGCUCGGGCCCUUUCGGCCUGCUGAGAUUGGGGUCGACAAGGCCGUCAUGGGUGCUUUAUAACUGUUUGAGGCCUUAUGAAUGUGCCAGGCACUUGGGCUUCGACCACAGGCAUUCAAGCUCGCAUUGUGCCCGGCGGUUAGGCCUAAGUGGCCAGACUUGCACAUCAAGCUCACCCUUUUUCCCCCCUCUCAUGUUUGUGAGACUGCCAUUCUUCUCUCUGACACAGACUUUUCAUGGUCUACAGGUUUGUUUUUUUUUUAUUUUUCAAUUUUUUUCCCCCCCAAAUGGCAAUAAUGCUGUACAGUGAAGUGCGAUAAGGGGUUUUCUCAGGCGAAGGUAAUGAUAAAGCAGCACGGGGGGUUCCUAAAGCAGUAUUGUAAGCACAAAAACCAUACCUCUGUCCGCCACUGUUGCUUCCCACUUCCACACACCAGUAGUCUCACAUGUCCCCCCCCCUUUCCGUAGAGGAGUGGCACACUCCUGAGCCCCAUAAAAGCCCAAUGCUGCAUUCUCAUCCGGAAAGCAAUGCAGCCAUGUCGGUAGGCAAAGAUGGUUUAGUGACCACAAUAACACCGCCAAGCAUUCCAGCCGGUUCCAGAAGGAACGCAUCAGCAUUCCAGCCGGUUCCAGAAGGAACGCAUCAGCAUUCCGCCACAUGUUCCGAGCAAUUCCCGCCCUGCCCUUCGCAGCCUGGCAUUAAGGCCGCUCUCUGAGUGAAAGCACAGGUUUUUUCGGCAGCAAUAAAGAACACAUUACGCUAAAAAUGUCAGAUACCUGGGGACUUGAUCUUUAUUUUUUCUUCUUUAACAAUUUUAAGUGCAAUUACCUUUUUUUUUUUCUUUCUUUUUUUUCUAACCAAAUAAAAACCCACCGGGGGUUAUUGAUAUCAGAGGAAACUGCCUCGUUGGCCGCAACUUGAAUAUACGAGAGGAUACGGAUAUAUUCAGUAUGGAGCUGCUUUCGUUGUCCCCCCCGGCGAUUCGAUCACAUGAUUGUGCCUCGGUCCCCUUUGCACCCUAUACCCCCCCUCCCUUUCCCAAAGGCUCCAAUGAAACUGUGUAUUAUAUUGUAUUAUGCUAAUAUCACCUGUGUAUGUCCCCCCCCCCCCCAUGUUUUAGACGUUUACGGUUAUUUGCCAUAUUUCUGUAUAAAAUUCCAGCUCGCUGUUUUUUUGUUUCUUCCCUCACGAGGAUGUAUGAUUUUUUUUUUUUUGUUAUUGUAAAGAAUAAAUGUACACACACAGCUGCCUUUAACACUCUCCUCUCUAACUGGAUUCACUCUGGCACCGGAGAGGUUAAAACCCCAUCACCACCAUUAAGCUGGCAUAACCCCCCCCCUCCCAAUACUUAUAAUUAGUGCCUUCUCCAUAAACCCUGUUUCAUAAAGAGCCAUAGAUUUGGGGGGGGGGGGGGGGGCGGGGGUGAUCUGAUCAGCACUUUAGGCUAAGAAUCAUAUCACUGACAUAAAGCAAAUCCAUUAUCCUGCCCCAUUCCUUUCCUAGGAAAUUUCUUACAUGUGGUGGAGUUUCUAUCCAAUGUAGUUGGAUCCCUUCCCAUAUAAGAGACAUUCAAGUUGUCCUUUAUAUUGGGAUUGGCAAACCUGAUUCGCUUAUACAUUCUGCUUUAGCCACCCAUCACUUAGACAUUGCUGCUGCCUUUACACUCAGCAUCAGACUCGCCCAACAGGUGGGGGUGUGGCAAUGGGUGGCAUGGGCAGGAGAAUGAGGGCUGAUCAGUAGUGGAAGGACCCUGAUGCAAGGUUCUCCAUUCUGACACUGUUUAAACUACAAACUACACUACACUGUUUGAUUUUUCUUGCCGCCACAUUGGAUUAGUGACGGUAUUCAUUGUCAAAACUGACCAGUUAUAGUAGGCUGCAGUUGGAUAUUGCCACCAUAUUGGAUUAGUGACGGCAUUCAUUGUCAAAACUGACCAGUUAUAGUAGGCUGUAGUUGGAUAUUGCCACCAUAUUGGAUUAGUGAUGCCAUUCGUUGUCAAAACUGACCAGUUAUAGUAAGGUGCAGUUGGAUAUUGCCACCAUAUUGGAUUAGUGACUCCAUUCAUUGCCAACAUUGACCAGUUAUAGUAGGCUGCAGUUGGAUAUUGCCACCAUAUUGUAUUAGUAAUGCCAUUCAUUGCCAACACUGAGCAGUUACAGUAGGGUGCAGUUGGAUAUUGCCGCCAUAUUGGAUUAGUAACACCAUUCAUUGGCAACACUGACCAGUUAUAAUAGGCUGCAGUUGGAUAUUGCCGCCAUAUUGGAUUAGUAACACCAUUCAUUGGCAACACUGACCAGUUAUAGUAGGCUGCAGUUGGAUAUUGCCGCCAUAUUGGAUUAGGGAUGCCAUUCAUUGCCAACACUGACCAGUUAAGGGAGGCUGCAGUUGGGUAUUCAUUACUUGAGAUCAUCUUUGGCACAUAUUUAGGUUUUGCUGUAGCCUCCUUCUAGCUGUAGGAAGCCAUUUUUAUGCACAUUGUAUAGGUCCUACAAAGCCCAGAGUUAUGUCUAUGGAAUGUCCUGCUUAUAACAGUAUGCUGUCCGUGUUAAUGUGCCUUUAAGCCAGACACGCCCAGCUGGAAAACACCAGGAGAGCCCUAUAUGCAAUGCCAGUGUGGUGGCACUGGGUUUUUUUUAACCUCUUGCUUGCCAGAGUCUGAAUCCAUUCAUUGCUAAAGGAAGCCAUAAGACAUUGCAGUCUCGUUAUUGGAUGAGUGUGUGAUGAGCUAAACACAGCACUGAGUAAAUGAAUAUGUGAAAUGGUUACCUGCCCCUGCAGUUAAGGAGGGGCAACAAGGUACUUUCCUUCUUUUUCCUGUUUUUGUUUUUAAAUUCUGCACCGACGUUGUUUUGUCCGAACUGCCACUUUCGAUUCACUUUCUGUAAAUAAGCUUUAAUUUCCUGUCAUGCCUGAGUGGCAAUUUUACAAGUUUUGUCAAAAUACAAACCAUUUCAGUA